AUGGCUAUUCGAGUUCCUGCAACUAUGCAUGUUAAGCAGCUUCUCCGCUGGUCUUUUCUACGCGGCAAAGAAGCAGCUCUCUCAAAUAAAAUUGUUCCGAAAGGUUGCUUUGCAGUCUAUGUUGGUGAGGACCAGAAGAAGCGAUUCAUUCUACCUAUAUCAUACCUAAAUGAGCCUUCAUUUCAGAAAUUGUUAAAUGAGGCCACGGAAGAAUUUGGGUUUGAUCAUCCAAUGGGUGGUCUAACAAUUCCUUGCAUAGAAGACGUCCUUAUUGAUGUCAUGUCUCGCUUAAACAGAUUGUGAUACAUGGCACCGAGAUC